AUGAAACAACCAUUGUCAUUAAUUCUGUCACUUUACAGCCAAAAUGAAAGGGAUGAUAUUGAAGAGACAAUACGUUCGGGGAUUUCGGAUUAUUUUCUGAAUAUUUCAUGUGAAAACCUGGCUCAUGCAUUAGGAUUUUCAAACAAACAUUAUGUCUCAUUAAGUGUCCCAUCAUCAAGCAAACUUGAAAAGUCAAACAUUCAAAACUCCACAACUUCAUGGGGUUCCUGCUUUGAAGAUCCUUUCAAAUUUUCUAAACCUAUUUUUGAGCGGAAUAAUGAUAAAGUUAGUAUAUUUCACCAUUGGCCGAAAGAAUUGAUUAAACGAUUUAAAUCUUUGGAAUUAAUCCCAAGCUUUUUGGACUACAUGUAUGUGCGAAAUGGCGUUGUCCCUCGUCAAGUAGUGGAGGAUAUAAAGAGUCCUAAUUCAAUUAACGAAUGUAUGUCUAAAAUGAGAAGUAUUUUAAAUGGACUUAUAUAUGGCCUUGAAAAUCACUUAGGCACCAAUGAAAAGUUAUGUGGAAUGGAGAAUGAGUGUGUCACUGAGUACAGAAGAAGUGCGAAUGGUCAAUUGACGAAGACUUUAAUUUCCGUGAAGCCUCUGAAACCCCCUUGUGCUAAAACACCUGAAUUUUCGUUCGUAUCUUUUUUCUCCCAGUCUUUUAAUGUUAAUUUAGUAAAAGAUUUUAGGCCUCUUGAAAUACAAGGUUUAGCUGUUUUAUUAGUUCUAUGGUUCAGAUCUUCAUUUCAUGCUCAAUCUAAAGCUAAAAACAUUCAAACAUCACCGGUUGGACUUGCCCUAUCAUGUUGUGCAAUCGCUAUCAAUUCAAAUUGUGAAUUUCUUGGUAGAAAUAAUACUUUUGAAGAUUUUGUCAACUCUAUUUGCACACAUUUCAAUAAAUGUGCUGAUUUAGCAAAAUCAGUUUAUUGCCAAAGAAAUUCACCUUUCUUUUGUAUCGAAGAUGUUCACCAACUUAAUGAAUUGCAAAGUAUGGCCUCUGGAUUAAAUCAUUUAGUUGCACUGAUUGAGGUGCUUUGUCCGUUUUAUGUCUCAAAUAUUGAUGAAUUUGAUACUUCACAUUUAAAAAUUCUUUCAUAA